GUGAAGAGCCGCGGAUGAGCUCUGUGGGAUUAAAUCCACUUUAACUACAACAAAGGGGAUUAAAACAGACAAAGUUCUUCAUCAUGGGAUCUUCUACAUCCAGUCUUUUAGAUGAGGCUAAAUGUAACUACAUCAGAGGAAGGACCGAGGCUGAGCUGAAUAACUUCAGUCCUCACUACAGGCGGCAGCACUGCGUGGCGUUCUUCUCUAAGCUGCGUGAUGAAGUGGAGCAGCAGCAGACCGUCCACACACAGCUCCUCAAACAGAAGGACCCACCUCAGGCCUCUGAACUGAUAUAUAAGGAGAAGGUGCUGCACUUCGACGACAGCAGGAAGUGGAAGGAGAGGUUUGUGGUGGUGCGGGCCGAUUACAGCCUCGAGCUCCAUGACAGCCAGGAGACUUUUACUAAAGGACUUCCUGCCCGUCACUCACUGCAGCUAUCAGGGGGCACAGUGCUGACCUCACAGGAGAAAUACUGUGCUCUAGUGGACAAGGCCUUCCCCGACCUCAACAGCUCGAAGGAGGAGGCGGCGUCGCCCCCGCUGAGCGUCCCGGGUCCGUUUGCUGUUUACCUGCGGCUCCCUUAUACCAGAGACGUUUACUUCAGCUUUCAGGAGGAGGACCAACAGAUUCGCUUCGUCUCCAUUUUAUCCGACUGCGUCCGUCACCAGAAUCAUGACUGUCUGAGGACGAGCGCGUGUGAAGCCCAGGCGUUCCUGAAGGCCAUUUAUUUCUACAGACAAGAGAAGGGACACUAUGAAUCCUGGGAGAUGUUGGUGGGCAACGACUGUCAGGUGAUGGCUAACCUGGUGAUGGAGGAGCUGUUACCAUCUCUGCAGACCGAGCUGCUGCCCAGGCUGAAGGGGAAGAAGGCAGACAGGAAGAGGGUCUGGUUCACGACGGUGAAGGUAGCGUACGAGCUGGUGCAGGAGCAGCUAAGCGAUGGACUGCGUAAGCUGAAGGAAGAGUGCAGCGAGGCGGUAAAACAGCAGGAGGCGCUCAUUCGCUCCGACAUGGACCAGAUCAUCAACUCUUGCAAUUUUCUGCAGACCAAACUGCAAGGUCUGGUGUCGGAUCCGGCGCUGAAGUUCUGCUCUGAGAGCGUCUCUCCGUAUCUGGCUUCUAUCCUGGAGGAGUUGAUGGGGCCGGUCAGUUCAGGGUUCGAGGCUGUGAGGCAGCGUCUGGAGGGGGAGCUGAGCCGGAUCUGCAAGGACUUUCAGUCUGGAGGAACGCUGGAGGGUCUUACAAAAGCUUUGGAGGACAUAUCUCACACACAGCUGGAGGAUUGUUAUCAGCGUGUCUCCGUGCUGAAGGAGCAGCUCCACGAACUGCGCACUCGCUUCAGGUUCUCCAACUCCACCCUGGUGGUGCACAACACGCAGAGCCACAUGCAGCAGCUGAUGGAGAAUGCCGUGUACACGUUUGAGAUGUUGCUUCAGUCAGCCGUUAAGGACAGACCUGAAGAGCUGGGCUCAGUCAUGGAGAAAGCCAAGCUCCGUGUUCUGAAGCAAUACGACUACGACAGCAGUACGAUUAGGAAGAAGAUCUUUCAGGAGGCUCUGGUGGACAUCACGCUGCCCGCCAUCCGGAGGAACCUGGCACCCAGCUGCAAAACUGAGCUGCAGAACUUUGAGCAGUACAUCUUUGCUGAUUACACAAACUUCAUCCAGGUGGAGAACGUGUACGAGGACAUACUGCUGAACAUCCUGAACGCCGAGGUGAACAAAGUGGUGAAGGAGGCGGCCACGCUGAAGAAACACAACCUGUUCGUGGACAGCACCGAGCUGCAGUGUGUCAGUCAGAGCAGCCUGAGCGACAGCCGGACGCCGCCUCAGACCUCUCAGUCCAGCCUGACCAGAGCGCCCGCAUCCGCCGGUACAAAGCAAACGGCCGAGCAGAAAUCCGGCGGUUCGGAGAAUCCAGCCACAGAGGAGGAGAAGAACCAGGAGGUGAUGGACGUCGAAGCGGCUAAACCUGCGGCGGUACCUGAUGUGGCCUCUUCUGUCCCAGUUUGUCCAUCUGAGGUCGCUUCAGCUGACAGACCUGACGUGGUUUCAUCCUCCGACAAGCAGGGCGGAGCUCAGAGUGAUGCGGGGACGGAUCUCAACACGUCCCCUAAAAUUAUCAUAUCAGAGCCUGUAUCGCCUGCUGAAGACGAGGAGACUGCAGACCCCGCCGUUCACCUCACAGAACCUCUCGAGGUUCAAAUUACAGACGAGAUGGAAACCGAUGCUCCAGCACCUCACUCCGAAAUCGAUGAGGCGGAGGCCGCGCCCACUGACGAGCCGUGUAUUAGUGCCGUCCAGCCAGACGCAGACGAAGCCGAGGACGCCUCAGAUUCCCAGACCGAAACUCCAUCCUGUCCCUCACCAACUCCUGAUGUCAGUGAAGCAUCAACAGAGCUCUCCACCACCGAGACCACAAACGGGCUUCCCUGUUCCUCUGAUCCUCCACUAGGGAGCGACGUUUCCUCACAGUCUGUGCCCACGGAGAGCAACGGCACCCCAGAUCUCUCAGAUCCAGAAGGGCAACUGGACAGCGUGAAGGCCAUUAGAGAUCUGGUGGUGGAGCUCAUCGAGGUGGAGGACAUCGUGAGUCCUUGUCCUGAACACAGGAACACUCAGUAGAGGACGAUGAGGGGUUCGGUUUGUGUCAAAACUAUUAAACCGGUAUCAAAGUGUCACAAAAUGAUUAUUUGACUGGAUGGGUGCAAAUCCCCACAUGUACAGUCCAGAAUUGGAAAUCCUUUCCAGAUCACAAAUCAAGGCCAGUGUCAUGUUGAUGCCCGUGAUUUUGGAAUGCUGUCCACAUAUUUAGUGCACCACUUUUAUGCCAAAACUGGCACUGAUGAUUGUUGUUAAAACUCAGAUGAGUUUAUUUCAUAGCUAAAAUAUCAGAUUUAAUACUUUUGACACAAAUUUAAAUCUCGUUAAGAAAACGGUAAGAAAUUUACUGUAACGACCAGGAAGAAGGAGCGACUAGACAAAAUCUUCUUGUGAUUGCUAUUAGUUACUAGUUAGAACGUAACAAUGGCGUUUCAGGGCCACUGUGAAAAAUUAAGUUACAAGAAAAAAGUGGAAAUUAUUUUAAAAUUAAAGUGGAAAUAAUCUCAGGAAUAAAGUAGAAAUAGUUUUGAGAAUAAAGUGAAAAUAAUUAAAAAA